ACCUCAAAGUUUGUAGCUUGCUAGUUAGGUCAACAGAGGUUUUUCCCAUCGAUGUUGUCCUAGUUUUUUUUUUGCAACUAAGAGUCAAUACUGAGAGGAAGUACAUUCCGGAUUCAUUUAUUUGCUUGCUUUGAAGUAAACCAGCAGCGAAUGAAAAUAUGUUCAUUAUUGUUUCGUUUUUUUUUUUCAGUCUCCACAUUGUUAGCUAGCUAGUAGCUGACUACUCACUGAAUACGUUAGAUUUAGCCUACAGUAGUUAGAAGAUAGCUAGCUAGACAUCACUCCAGUUCCAGCUAUUGAUAUCCAAUAAUCCAGAUCUUAUGCAGAACGGUGACCAGCAGUACAGUAUGGAAGAUGAAACCUACACCGACAUCGACGGCAAGGCCAUCUCUCUGGAGUGUCAAAGGCACUCGGGUUUCUGCAGGGAGUUCACGGUUAGCUCGGCUAAAGUCUCCAUAGGCAGAGUGAUGGUGUACACUUGCGCUGUCUGGCUAACGGCCUACAUCAUAUUCUUCGUCACUGAGAACACAGCCGUUCUCUCCAGUGCCAUAAUCAUCACCCUGGUCGGUAUGAUGGUUCACAUCCACUUUGUGAAGGUGGACCAUGAGACGCUGCUCAUCAUUGGUUCCCUGGGUGUCCAGGUGUCCUCUAGCUACGCCUCCGGCAGGGAGUCAACAGACUUCAUAGAGAUGGGCAAGAUCAAAGACAUAGUAAUCAAUGAAGCUAUUCACAUGCAAAGAGUCAUCUACUACCUGUGCAUCCUCCUGAAGGAUCCCUCAGAGCCAGAUGCAGUGUCUAGCGUGGUCCCUCUGUUUCAGAGUUCAAAACCGAGGCUGAACUGCCUGGUCAAAGUGUACAAGAGCUGCCAGGAGAUUCUAGCUAAGUGCUGAUGGUGACGUCAUCCUGGUCCUUUUGUAAACCGUCUGGGUAAACCCCACUGACGUCAUGCUGGAAAAGCACUGUCGCUGACAUCACUGCACACCAAUGCUUCAAACCACUGACUUCACCGCAUACCAAGUCAUGUAACAUGUUUAGGAUAUUUAUCUGGUUAGGUUACGUUAUCAAUUCUCAAUGGAAAGAAAAACUGAUGAUACACCUGUCAUCAUGAAAUUGUUGUUUUGUCUUAAAUUUGUCUUUUUUAAUUAUUUUCAGGUCAUUUUUCCACACGCCAGUUUUCAGUAAUGGAAGAAAGACUCUAUUAGGUCAACCCACUAAAAUAUACUAUACUCUUAAGAUUCUCAGUAAGAGAGUAGUUUAUGAAUGUAAGUCCUUACUUAGUGUUACCUAAUGUUGUUAUUUACUUAUGUCUUAGUAUUUAAUACAUCUACUUGAACAGUGUUGUCUGUAGCUAUGACCCUACUUGAUAACUUUAAGGAUUUCCUGUUGGAACUAUGGAUUUAGAAAUAGCCUUAUUUUACUUAGAUGCUCAUUUUUAUAUUAUUGUAUAUUUACAAAUAUUGUAUUCCAUCUGAAGAGUUAAUAGUAUUUAUCAUGUAAUAAAUUACCAUUUCUAGCUGCUGUUCUUUCCGUCGCCAGUAGAGGGCAGGACCUACUGAGGGCCGGAUAGCCGGCAGUUCUGCAAUAAUAAAAUCAUAUUUUAAACUUAA